GAGGGUGAGAUGACGCCACGCUUCCUCAACUCGGUUCACUCCUACUCUGAGUCAACAACUCGACUCGCUAACCUCCCUCUUCAAAACCAAGAUCCUGGCUCCUCUUCCUCCACCAUCGCCCCUCGAAGUCGUAGCGUGCGAGAAUGGCAGAGGAUCCCAAACCUACGAUCGAGAUCAACAACCUCAAGUUCACGUAUCCCGGCAUCGAUGGUCACCCUCCGCCCGGUUCCACGCCUUUGAUCGACGACUUCUCUCUGUCUCUCUAUACUGGAGGCCGCUGCCUUCUAGUUGGCUCCAAUGGCGCCGGGAAGACGACAAUUCUGAAGAUAUUAGGAGGGAAACACAUGGUGGAGCCCCACAUGGUUCGAGUGCUCGGUAAAUCGGCUUUCCAUGAUACCGGUUUGACGUCGUCCGGUGAUCUCUGCUAUCUUGGUGGAGAGUGGAGGCGGGAUGUCGCUUUUGCUGGGUUUGAAGUUCCAAUACAAAUGGACAUUUCUGCAGAAAAAAUGAUAUUUGGUGUUUCAGGUAUUGAUCCACAGAGGAGAGCUGAACUCAUAAAGGUGUUAGAUAUUGAUCUAUCAUGGAGAAUGCACAAGGCAUCCGAUGGUCAGAGAAGACGUGUGCAAAUUUGUAUGGGCCUUCUGAAGCCAUUUAAGGUUCUCCUUCUUGAUGAAAUUACUGUUGACCUUGAUGUGCUAGCAAGGGCUGACCUUUUGAGGUUCCUUAGAAAGGAAUGUAAUGAACGGGGUGCUACAAUUAUAUAUGCAACCCAUAUAUUUGAUGGUCUUGAGGAUUGGCCUUCACAUAUAGUUUAUAUAGCUCAUGGGAGGUUGCAAUUGGCAAUGCCAAUACAGAAAGUUAAGGAGAUGAGCAAUUUGUCCCUGAUGAGAACCGUGGAAAGUUGGCUUAGGAAGGAGAGGGAUGAAGAAAGGAGGAGAAGAAAAGAGAGGAAAGCAAGUGGUCUUUUGAAAUUCGAAAAGAAAGUUGAGGGCACCCGAGUUGUUGGCGAUCCAGCCAGUAGUGUUGUUCGUGCAAUGAACAAUGGUUGGGCUGCAGGAAGGCUUCACUCAACUGUGGCAGGUGAGGAAAAUUUCUUAUUCAGCUCAAACCGCGUUUUGAGGCAGUAGUGGAUUUAUCCCACAACAAAUGCAAUUAGUGGAGACUGCCCUGGUAUACUUUGUUUAUGGGGUGACAUUGAAAUCCAUCAGUUUUAUUUUUAUUUUUAUUGUUUUUCUUAUUUUUUAUUCUAUUGCUCUAUUUUUAUCUUCUUUUUUCUCUUUGGGGUUAUCCCCCGGGGGAUUAGGUAUUCAGAUACCCCAGGUGAUGUAUCUUGUAUCAGAAUUUUAGAUCAGGUUUCUUGGAUGCUAAAUCACAAUACUUUCGUACUGAAGGAAGGUAUAGUUGUAAGUUGUGUAAGUUUUUUUUUUUUUUUUGGCUAAAUGCAUUGGUGCAAUGGCCAUAUCUCGAGCUGACAAGCAUGAAAACGAAUUCAAGUUGAGAUCAUUUACUUCA